AUGAAACAAUUUUUGCUUCUCCCGCUACUUUGCAAGGUUGCUUUUGGACGUGCAAAUCCUAUUGCAUUUGCCGAGGCUCUUGCUUUAGAGCAUGGAUCCGCUUACGCAAACACCAUGGGUGAAAUUGCAAUGCUCUACCCAACUGAUAGAGAAUGGUCGGAAGAGGCGGAGACAAUUGCCCCAUGCGGGUCCUACGCUACUCCUUCCAAUAGAUCGGAGUUCCCCCUGGACGAUGGUUUCGUGGCCUUGGUUGCAAAGUCUCACCAGGCAUGGUCUGUCAACCUCAAGAUUUCCUACAGCGACAAUCCAACGUCGAAUGAUGACUUUGAUACAUGGGCCACUCAUAACUUGACCAGUCAGAUCGACAUCGGACACACAUGCUACUACCUGCCAGACAUUCCUUCCAACAUCAAUAGCGGAGACCAUGCUACCAUCCAGCUGGAGUACAUGGCUCUGGAAGAUGAGUCGAACGUGACGCACUACGCCUGUGCCGAUGUCGAGUUUGUUGAGAAGAGUGUCUUUGAGGUUACCGAGUAUGCUCUGGACUGCUUCAAUGCUACCGAUGACAACUACUACUCCAGCGAGAUCACUGUGGACACUAGUUCCUGGCUCUCGUCUGCCUCCUCAGCACACUUUGCUACAUUGUCUGAGAGUACUACUUCCAAGGCUGCCACCACCACUUCUUCGUCAAGCAGCAGCAGUACCAGCUCUGCUACAUCCACUUCUUCUUCCAGCUCCCGGGGUAUGGCAGGACAAGUUGCAGCCUCGAGUCCAUUCGGGCUUGUUUUUGGCUCUCUCUUGUUCUUUCUUCUAUAG